CUGAUUUUUGCAUUAUGUUAUGUUACAGUAUGUUAGACUCCACCCACAGACCUUCCACACCCCUUUGUCUUUCACUCACUCUUUUCAAAUAAGAGAAAGUGAAAGUGAAGCUUUGAGCGAAGAGGAACGUCCUAACUAUAAACGUUUCAAAAUGGGUCUGCAAGUCGUGGAUAAAGAAACACAUAAAAACAAACAUUCAGCAGGAAACAUGGCGACAGGAGCAGUCACCGAUAAGAGGACGUGGGUCAAAUUAACAGGCCCUGCAGCACAAUCACUGGCAGAAGCAUUUGUGGAGCCAGCGGCCGUAGUUCUUCAGGAAAUCAUGACUGCAGAGGAGGAAGAAAGAAUAGCACACAGAAAAAGAGAGUGUCCAAUGAAAGUGUCACCAAUUACGAUUUUCAUGACUCAACAGCCUGGGGCUAGAAAAAUCAUUAAAGUGUUAAAGUCCUACAGGAUUGUCCUACUGGGAAACACAGGAGCUGGUAAGAGCAGCCUAGCUAAUACCAUCUUUGAGGAAGAUGUGUUCAAGGUAAACCAGGCCGUCACCUGUGGAACAGGGGAAUGUCAAACAGAGUCCAGAUCUGUUCAUGGACGAAGGAUAACUUUGACCGAUACGUCCGGUUUCAGAGACUCUGACAGACCUGAAGAUGACAUGAGGUGGAUCACACGGUUCACGCCUGGGCCUCAUGUCUUUCUUAUUGUCCUUAGAAUGGGAAAAGAGCAAGAAAUGAUUGCUAAAAUAUGUAAAUAUUUCCCAGAGGAAGCUUUUAAAUAUACUGCAGUUGUUUUCACUUAUGGUGAACAGCUCCCUGAAGGAAUGAAGAUAGAAGGGUUUGUAGAGCAAAAUCAGCGUCUCAGUGCUUUGGUGAAGAAGUGCAACAACCGGUGCCACGUUGUUGAUAAUGAAAACUGGAAAAAUCACAAACAGGCAGAUUACAGGAGCAACAAGGUCCAAUUGGAAAGGUUGCUCAAUACAAUAGACAAGAUGGUGAUGGAGAACAAAGGAAGCUGCUUCACCACUGAGAUGCUCCAGGCACCGAAGAGAAAACGAGAGGACAACGGCAACAUGACAUCAGCAGGGAACACGCUUCAAAGCACCAGCAACACGGAUGGAAACAGACUCUGCAGGAAUGUGUGGCUCAAGUUCACCGGGCCUGCAGCAGAAUGCUUGGCAGAAGGUCUACUGGGGCCACAGGCCAUUGUUUGGAAGGGAGAACACCAAGGUGGAGGGGCAGGAGGAACAACAGGGGGUGGGGGAGCAGCAGGAACAGAAGGAGGCGAGGCAGCAGGAGUAACAGCGAAAGGCGGAGGAGCAUCAGGAGGUGGAGGAGCAGCAGGAACAGAAGGAGGCGAGGCAGCAGGAGUAACAGCGAAAGGCGGAGGAGCAGCAGGAGGUGGAGGAGCAGCAGGAACAGAAGGAGGCAAGGCGGCAGCAGCAGCAGGAGAGGUGAAGAAACAGCAGGAGGUGGAGGAGCAGCAGGAGGUGGAGGGACAACAGGAAUAG